AUGUCUGCCACCGGGUCAACAAAUGUGGAGAGGGGUGAGGGCACGGUGGAGCCCGUGGUGCCCAACUACCCCAUGAGCAGCCAACCAGGACAGCACGCUGAGUGGGCGGGAAGCGUGCCGAGCAAGUGGAUGGAUCGAGCGUCUAACAACUUGCGAUCAAGACACAUUGUGCAUACCGCUGCACGAAACGGAGAUGGAGAUUCGCUCGCGAGGAUGGGUACAAAAGAACUCGAAAUUUCUGUAUUGUUGAUUGCUUCCUUUGCUUUGUUCGUCACUCAUGGGCUCGUGCUUGUUGAUUCUUCUUGUAUGUUACUACUGCACGCGCCCGCUAUCUUUUCCUGCACAGGAAGACGAGUUUGUUAUAUCAACCGUGUUCUUCAUUCUGAAUCCCGAAAGAAAUGAUCUGAAAACGAGGUUUUGGUUGCUACUACGAGGACAAGCGCGGUCUGGAACGAACACACGGCCUGAAAUACAUUCCCGAGCCGCAGUUUCCGGAGGGGGAGUGGAAACCGCUGGUGAAGAAGGUCGAGGAGGUGUCCGGGUGGGACCGCCCGGACCGCCCCGAGGGGACGAAGCGGCCGCCCAAGAUGGAGGGCCAGCGACCCACGAUGCGGCGGGAGAAGCGCCACGUGCGGCAGGUGGAGUCCCACCAGGAGAUCUUCGACAUCCCGGAGGGCAAGCACAUCGCCAUGAUCGACCACCUGCAUCCGGACGGAAGCAAGUCCCAGCUGCGGCAGGCUGACAAAGUCGCGUUUGAAGCGACGUUGGAAAACAGCAUGACCCGGAAGCGGGUGCAACCGCGAACGCUGACCGAGCAAAGGAAUGGCAUCCCGUGUGCGAGUUUGGGUGACAAGUACUACAUAUCCUGUGCAAAAGUAUCGUGCUCGUAGUAAUUGCAAUGAUGCGUGACAAAUCUCCUUCUUAAUUGAAAUCAGCAUUACAAAUUCCAUUUUUCAUGCUGGGGGAAUUUGUCAUGCGAUUUCUACUAGAAGUGCGAUACUUUCUUUGCAGUUCAUACUACAAGUUCCCGGAGUACAGUGACAAGUUCUUCCACGGAUUGUCAGCAUCCACAACUGCGGAGCUGAUCUGCGGCAGCGGGUUCGUGCGGGGGUCCUACCAGAAGACCAUCCCGCGCAUGACGACGAACUGGGAAGCGUUUGCGGCCGAGUGCUACCCGGAGUCCUGCAGGAGAAAACCCUUCGCGCAGUUGGAAAAGGAGCGGGAGCAGAAGGAGGCCGAGGACUCCGUGGAAGUGCUGCACAAAACGUGGGAGAAGAAAGAGCUGAAAUUUGGCGAUCCAAAGUAUGUGGAACCCAGCGACAGCGAGGAUGAGUCACCGUGAGGGCGGUGAGCAGGUGAUGUGUCGAGCUGCUGGGGCUUUUUUUUCCUGAACGACGGUUCGCAGUGAAAUGAUGUUGAUGAUGAACCUCAACAUCUAUUAGAACAAACAAGAGCAAUGUAUCAUGCGCGUCCUCGUCGUCGAUGCACUGACGUGUUUUCGUUGUGAUGGCUGCCCGACUUCUGUACGAACUUGUCAAAGGAAAUUCCUUUCGAGAAAAUGAAUCGGCCCCGAAUGCGCGACAAUAU